UUGGAGCAAGUUGCACCAGGACCAGAUGCUAGCGAGUCCAACAGUGCACCCUCUACCCGCCAAUUGGAGGAAUGAGUUGACAACGUAGUCGCAAUGCUCGGCGACAUCAGCACCUUCGCUGCACCAGCCACCAUCAGCAAGCAGUUGAACACCUUGAAGACCGAGGUUCAACAACUGCACCAACUCCCCAACAAGGAUGGCAACACCAGUGCGCAGCACUACAAGAUGCCGACAUUCCGCAUGGAAAAGUUCGAUGAUUAUACGCAUCAAGACCCGGUCCCCUGGUGGGAGGGCUUUACGACGGAACUUCGGAUUCUUUUUGUCCCCGAGCACUCGUACAUCGGCGCGUUGUUCCUCAACUCAAAAGGCGGAUGCCAGAUCUGGCUCAGCCACUUGGCAACCAUCCACGACGUCCAAGUCGCCGAUCUACAUAAGAAGAUCUCUUGGGACGAGUUGACAAAGCUAUGGAAGAAGCGGUUCAUCGUGGACGACGCCCCAGCGCUCACCAUCAACCGCCUCUUCAACAUGACUCAAGGCAACACACCAACGCAUGACUGGCUCACGAAAUGGCAAAAGAUUGUGGCAACGCCCGAUCUCGAGUUGCCAUUUUCGCAUCUACGCCGAGAGUUCUACAACCGGUCAUGUGUCGGCUUGAGCCUCGCACUUGGUGAUCGCGAGCAAUACACGACCUUCGCCGAAACCAUCGACAAGGCAAGGGAGAUCAUCAAGACCAACAGGGCGGCUGCACACGAGAAGUCGGCGUGGCAGCCAACCUAUGUGGAGAAAGGAAAAUUUGGUCCGCGUCCGCAGCAUGUCGCUGCAGUGCAACCGGACAACAUUGUGGAAGACCCGGCAGCCACCCAUGCAUCACGUGAGGGAGGUCAGGUGGCCGUUGUCCAGCCGCGAAGCAACAAUAACUCCCAAGGAAACGGGAAGGCGAAAACCGCAUCGCGGACCGAAAAUUGACAGCCAGCACCAUGGGUCAAGUUUCACUUGACCGAGGCCGAAUACAAGUGGCGCGGCCGGUAUGGUUGUUGCUAUUUGUGCAACAGCACUAAGCAAAAGACCUCCCUAUGCCCGGAUCAAGGCAAGGAGGAUGUUCGGCCUCACAUCAACUCGGGCAACUGAGUUGCGUGGGAGGUGAGGCGACUCCACCUCUCACUCUGCCAGAUUCGACCGCCUUGCUAGCGGCCUCCUACACAUCUAGGGAGGAUGCGAAUAUCGCGAGUCCUCGGUUCACUUACGAGGCAACCGAUUCG